AUGGCCGUCCCUCUCCCACCACAAUGGGUCGUUGACCUGAACGCCCCUCCGACUGCCAAACCCAAGACCUCGAAUAUUCCCGACCCACCAGGCUACACUGCCCCGACCACCGUCACCAGCUCAAAGUCGUCCAAGAAUGCCGUCGCUCAGACAUCUGCUCGCAAAGCUCCUACCACUGAAGAGAUGGAUACUUUGAAGCUCAAGAAGGCUUGGGAGGUCGCCAUUGCACCAGCCAAGCAGCUGCCCAUGAAUGCUUUUGGCAUGUACAUGUCGGGCAACAGUCUUCAAAUCUUCAGUAUCAUGAUGGUCUUCAUGCUGUUCAAGGGCCCUAUCCAAGCUCUCAUCAACAUCCAGAAUGUCUUUGCCCGCUUCGAGACCGAAGGCACUCGCGAUCGCUUGAUCAUGGUCAAGCUUGCUUACGUCGCAUGUAACUUCCUGGCUCUGGCUCUGGGUAUCUGGAAGGUCAAUGGUAUGGGUCUGCUGCCGUAUGUUUUCACUUUUAUUUCUCUUGACAAGUCUCUCGCUAACAUGUUAUCAGANACCACCCGGUCCGAUUGGCUUGCAUGGGAAACCGCUAGAGAGCCACUUGCAAGAGCCUAUCCCAGCUCCUUGUUAUGA